CGAUUGUUAUAUUAAUAUAUAGAAAACUAUGUCUAAAUCAUCAAACAGCGUUCUAACUUCUAAGAAUAUUGCAACGACGUCGUUGGUUCUUCACAAUUUUCAGCAUUUUCCAACUCAGUCUCCGCCAAAACCAAGCCACUCACGGCCGACACCAAGCGAAGCUGAACAGGAGAAGAGCACCGCUCAGAAAAACAUGGCGAAGGAAGCUAAAAACUCUCAGAAAUCUCGCUCGUCCUCAGCUACUGACUCAGUCAAGGCCCCAAAAAUGGCGUCCAACGAGAAAAUGGUGUUGAGGGUAAGACCAACUGAGGGAACGAAGAGAUCGGCAAGACCAAGCAUUGUUGAUGAGGAGGAACAGAGACCCAAAUCAGUCAAAAAGGCGAAAACCAAUCAGAAAAAGAAAAGUGGGAAGUUUGAUGCCAAGAAACCAAAGAAACCACCAACUGCUUUCUUCUUCUUCUUGGAGGAUUUUCGCAAGGAAUUUCAAGAGCAGAACCCAGAGGUCAAGUCAAUGCGUGAUAUAGGAAAGGCAUGUGGAGAGAAGUGGAAAAUAAUGUCGUAUGAGGAAAAGGUUCAAUACUAUGACGUAGCCACUGAGAAACGAGCAGAGUUUGACAGGGCCAUGGCAGAAUAUAUCAAGAGAAAGGAAAGUGGUGAGGAUCAAGAAACUGAGGAGGAUUCCGAAUUUGAAGAUUAAGCUGUAGAUUGCUGCAUCGAAGAAAAAGAAGAUAUUUCUGUAGGAGGGGACCAUGGAAGUAAACAAGUUGUAUAUUAAUCCAUGGGUUUAUUAUUUGUCUUCUCAAACAACUGUUGUCUGUAUCAUUUUUGUGUAAAUUACUAUCAAUUACGUUGUAGGUAGUGACUGCAGAUUUGAAAGUAUGUUCAAUAGUGAAAGAUUGUAGGUUUCAUCCUUAGUUGUUCUAAAUGAAUUAAAGAAAAUGCAUUUGAUAAUAA